CGUUUGCUGGAGCCACUCUCUAAAUCCGAUUUCCGAGGGGUUGCUCGGAUCUCCGAGUCUUUCACCGAGCUACCUCGCCUUUGCUAGUCAACAAGUCUCAGCCAUUCCUUCUGUUUGUCUCCGAUGUCGAGCUACGUCCCAUCGCGAGGCCUGGCCCAUCUGCCUGCCAUACAGUACCGCCCCAGCUUCCGCUUCCCCUCUGGGACCAUGGCAGACGCUCAAGCCAGCAGUAAAAGCGACGGCGGCGGCGGCAGCAGCAGCAGUACCGCCCAUCCGCCGCCCGAGGACGAUGAGCUCGAACACGAGCAUGAUGACCACCAGCAAGGCCCCGCCAGGAAGCGUCAGAGGGUCCGGCUCUCCUGUCUGGAAUGUCGCCGUCGGAAGCUGUCUUGCUCGCGAGAGCUUCCUUGCGACCGCUGUAUCAAGUCUGGUACGCCCGAGAGGUGUAGUUACGAAGCGCGGCCCGGCUCCAUGACCAUCCCGGCCGGCGAUAGAGCCCCUUUUGCUCCGCCCGGGGCACCGGUGACAUACGGAGCAGAAAUUCGUCGCCCGGCCGCAAACCCGCCGUCGACGCGCCGCGAGGUUGACCUCCCCGUGUCUAGGGAUGUCGCUCGCGAUCAGGAGAGGCUGAGGCGCCUCGAGCUCGAGGUCACCCAGCUCAAAAAUACACUCUCGAAGCAAGCCUCGAUAGACGGCAGCACCAUAGUAGCCUCACCAGCGACGCUAAAGGAUUCGGUCAGGGACGGUCACUCUGUGCGCUCCAACCCAGCAUUCACUCCUCGAGAGAAUCCGGAGGUGUCUGAGUUUCAAAACCUACGCGGGCAUGACUUCAAGACAAAAUAUGUUGGCCCACAUAACGCUUGGUCGUCGCUGCAGGAACUGACGGGCAUAUACCACUUCAUGAGAGAGACGGCCGAGGAAUGGCUUCAACCCCUCAAUAUCCAGAAGAAGGACCGCGGGAGGCGGAAGGAAGAGCGGGAGAAGAAGUUCAGAGAACCGGACCUUCUCUUGGAGUCACUGCUCCCCCCCAAGGAGGAGACGGAUUCCCUCGUUGCCGUAUACCUGGACCAGUUCGAACAGAUCCACCGCAUCAUCCACGUACCCACCUUCAAGGCCGAGUACGAGGCAUUCUGGGACCCGGCAAAGACGAAGAACGCCGCAUUCACGGCACUCCUCCUCUCCAUGAUUUCCGUGUCGUGCAGUCUCGACAUGCAGGCAUCCAGCAAAUUCGUGGGCGUCAAGUCGAGCUCGAUCCAAAUGGCCGAGAGGUGCGUCCGGGCAUGUGACGAGUGGCACCAGCGACAAAGCCAGAAACACCGCAAGCUAGUCCACUAUCAGAUUUCGUGUCUGCUCUACCUCGCCAAGAGGGUCAACAUCGUCAAGAAGAAGAGAUUUUGGACCACGUCGGGCGCGAUGAUCCGCGAUGGCAUCACCGUGGGGCUCCACCAAGAUCCCGACCACGUAACGGCGCAGAUCUCGCCCUACUUUGCGGAGAUGCGGCGGCGCUUAUGGGCCACGAUGGUCGAGUUUGACGUCCAGGCGGCCUUCGACCAAGGGCAUCCCACCCUCCUAGGCGCGGUGCACAACGACGUAGAUGCGCCUAAGAACAUCGACGACGACUCGUUCGACGAGAACUCGCAGCACCUCCCCAUCUCCCGCCCGGCGAACGAGUACACGUGCUCGUCCUACCAGCAUAUCAGCCGUCGAAGUCUGUCGCUUCGCCUCGAGCUGACCAAGUUGCUUACCGGCCCGCCGACGGAUCUCGAAUGGGAGCAAGUCCUCCAGUAUAGCGAUAUGAUUACCCACGAGAUCGACCAGCUACCGUCGUGGGAUUCGGAUACAGGAAGGAACGGCGAGUAUUCUCAAAAGCCCAUCUUAGCGAGCACGUUGCUGCACAUCCAACUGAGGCAGUACCUCAUUCCGCUCCACCAGCCGUACCUCAAGCUGCGAAAAUUCAACUCCAAGUACCAAGUCGCUGAGCUCAUAUACUACACUGCCGCCCGAGAUAUUGUCAUGAUGCACGAUUGUCUUUACCAAAAGGGGAUUCGAACCCUGUAUUUCCUCCGCGAAGAUACUAUGAAUUCGGUCAUCAAUCUCUGCAACGUAACACUUCACCAACCCAAAGAUUCGACGAGCCUCAUCAUGUCGAACGCGCACGAGACGCUAAAACUGGUUGAGAAGUGCAUUGCGAUGAAGGAGGACCGAGUGCUGAGAUGCGGCAAUAACGAUCCGUGGGGGUACUCGUCCAUGUGCGCGGCCUUCGGCCUCUUGGAGACACACAUGGGUAUCAAAACAUCGGAAGCCGCCAAAGCAGCGGCAGCGGAGCGGUUCAUCAGCCUGCAUUACAAGCUGCUCGCGUUUCAGAUCCCCCCUUACCACAACCAGCAGCCGCAGUCGCACGCGGACACGCCGCAGACGGUUGUCGACCCGGUCAGUCGAGCCAAAUCUAUUACUCCGUUCCCGUUAGACCCGACGCCCGCGGUCCCGAUGGCAACCACCCCGUAUCAACGAGACGGGAUGCCGAUCUCGAUGCCUUGGACAAUCCCGCCAUCCUCCGAUUCUGGCGCGAUACCCGUUUCCAAUCCCGACUUCAACUUCGACAUGCUCGGUUCCGACGUGACGGACUUGUGGGGAGAUUGGACAGGAACUGAAUUUACGUGAGACGACAUGGCGCUGUAGUAUAUUUUACUAUUUGGUAUCGGAUUCGUUCCUGGGCCACCCGCGUUUCUCUAUCCCUCUCGGGCCGGUUCGGACUGGCUCGGGCGAUGCGAUUUGCACCGGUUUCACGCAUCUCUACUUGCCCUGGUUUAUUGCCGGCGUGUUGCGCGAAGGGGCACCCAUCCAGGAAGCAUUUCACCGCACCUAAACCUCCCGCAAAGGUGGCUACUACGA